GGACCGAGGGGGGCGGGGUGGCUACAAUUUCGCGCCAAACUUUGGAGGGAAUUCAGUUGUGGCCAGCAAGCUUGGAGUGCUUUAGUGCCGCUGUCAUGGUUCGUCCUCUAAACUGCAUCGUCGCUGUGUCCCAGAACAUGGGCAUUGGGAAGAAUGGAGACUUACCUUGGCCCCCGCUCAGGAAUGAAUUCAAGUAUUUCCAAAGAAUGACCACGGACACUUCAGCAGAAGGUAAACAGAAUUUGGUGAUUAUGGGUAAGAAGACCUGGUUCUCCAUUCCUGAGAAGAAUCGACCUUUAAAGGACAGGAUUAAUUUAGUUCUCAGUAGAGAACUCAAGGAACCUCCAAAAGGAGCUCAUUUUCUUGCCAGAAGUCUGGAUGAUGCCUUAAAACUGAUUGAGGAUCCAGAAUUAACAAAUAAAGUGGACAUGGUUUGGAUAGUGGGAGGCAGUUCUGUUUAUAAAGAAGCCAUGACCAAGCCAGGCCAUCUGAAACUGUUUGUGACCAGGAUCAUGAAGGAAUUUGAAAGUGACACAUUUUUUCCAGAAAUUGAUUUGGAGAGCUAUAAACUCCUCCCAGAAUACCCAGGUGUUCCUUCUGAUGUCCAGGAGGAGAGAGGCAUAAAGUACAAAUUUGAAGUAUAUGAAAAGAACGAUUGAUGUGAAGGUGUUUUCUGAUUCCCCAUCCUCUGCAAACAAUCACACAUUUAACAUUAGAAAAAGAGACUUUUGUUGAUUCUAGAUCUAUGGGUAAUUAUUUGUAAGCAAUGUGUUUUUAUUAAUUAGUAUUAAUCUUAACUGUGCUGUGUCCGAUACUAUUUGUGAAUCAUUUCUUGCUCUAACAGUCUGCAUGUCCAUCAAGGGCCAGGAUUAGAUCCCCUGCACCUGCCUAGGGUAACACACCACCAAGACAUCACAGUGGGAGAGUCUGCUGGUGCAUGAUUCGAAAUCCAGAGCUAAAGAGAUAGGAGAUUUGUCCAAAUGUCAGAAAUGGAUUAUAAACAGAACAGUCAGAACUCAAGUAAAAGAAAAUUAGGUCAAAACAGGGACUAUGAAUUACUCUAUGCAUAUCACACUUCUGAAAAAGUUGUGUUCACUCAGGGAAUCAGUUAGGCUGAGAACUAUAGUAGUUCCAUAGGGAUAAUAAAGAGGCACAUAGAAGACUACCUUUUUGAUGAUUAAAAGAAGUGUCUAAGACCUUUAAAAAUUUUGUUUCUGAUCUUGAGUGAGAUUCCAUGGGAUGAUACAAUGAUAGAACGAGAAUAGGCUACUCUUCACACAAAGAAAGACUCUAAUAACAAGCAUAUGGCUAAAUUAAAAAUUCAAAGAGAAUGGAUAUUGCUAGAAACCAAAAUUAUUAAGUUAGAAAAUAAACUUCACAUAAUUAAAAAAUGAGUAUUAAAACAUGUUUUGCGCAACAUGUUAGCAAAUAUUUGGAUUUUUAGGUAUCCAAAGAAAUAGCAUUUUCUGCCUUGUAAAUUGGUACAGCCUUUUUAGGCAAUAUCAGUCAGUUAAAAUUCAAAAUAAUCUGGGCUUGGACCUAGAACUUUCACUUCCAGAAAUUAAUCCUGAAGAAAGAGGCAGACCCAAGAGUAUUCAUUGCACCAUUUUUUUUUUUUUGAAUUUGGAAUAGUAUCCAAAAUUUUCAAUGUAGGAAAAAUUAUGUAGUGAACUGUUGACAGUAUCACAGCUGGAUGUGCUAUUUUAUGCAUUAGGUGUGUCUAUUGUGAUUAGGUUCUUUGAAAUAAUGUGCUUAUUGUCAUGAAAAAUUAAUUAUGGUAAUAAGCUGAGCCCUUUAUGUUCAGCAGGAAGAGUAGGCUACAGAACAUUAGGAGUAAAAAGGAAUUUCCUAAAAAUCUUUCACAGAGGAAAAAAACAGAUCACACAGAACAGAAAUCAAUACUGUGUAAAAUUUAUAAACCACAAGAAAACACUGGAGCUCUCUGCAAAGAACAUAAUAGAAAACUACUAGUAUCCAGAAUUUUUAGAAUUCAGAUAUUAGUAAGAUAAAGAAGCAAACCAUUUAGAGAAGAGGAAACUCAAGUGCCAUAAAUACACGCACAGAUAUACAUUCCCUUUAGCAACUGGGGAAAUGCAAAUUAAAACCCUAGUAAGGUACCAUUCCACCUGCACCAGAUGUGGCAUUCUCACCAAUACUUGACGUUCAGCCUUUUAAAAUGCUGACAAUAUUUAUUAAGGAUGAAGAUGUACAACACUUUGACCCAGCAAUUCCACCACCAGGUAAAUACCAAGAGAAAACCUUCUACAUAUAUAUGAAGAGAAUUAUAGAAAUAUGUUGCAGCCUUAAUUUUAGUUGAAAAACUAAAAACAACCUGGAAGGCCUGUGACAGUUGAAUGCAUACAUUACUGGCUUAGAUUGGGUUUCCCCCAAAAGCAGAUCCCAAGACUAAAAUUUAAAUAAAAGUAUCAGUGGAAGGUAAGCUAAUUCAAGAUCAGUGAGCAGGUUCCCAUUGGUUAAAAAGCUCAGUACUGCUGAUAUAUCUUCUGGGAAAUGGAGGGGAAGCAAACUGGAGUAUUUAUCCCUACUCAUCGUUGUUGGGGGGCUAUUCCCAGGGUCACCAGUUCCCCACCCUGUGUAUGGGCUGAAUAUACUUCAGCUGUUAGGGCCCUGGGUGUUUGCAUUUAGCAGCUCCUGGCAUGUACAGGACCAGUGAAUGCUAAACACCUAAAGCAUUCGCCAUGUUUAUGAUUUUGUGUGUAAGAUCUUCAUAAUUUUUGUAUAAUAAAAAGUAUAAAGCUAUAGAUGGUUUGUUAACUAUUUCACAGUUUAAAAAAAUACAGAAGCAGACCAAACACCAAUUAGAAGUUCAGCUGAGGGAUGAUGGCAAUUUGGACCACAGGGUUGAGCAGAGUGAAAAAACUGACUCAAGAUACAUUUUGAAGUUGGAGGUAAUGGAAUUUUCUGAUGGAGUUUGAUUUUGGUUUUGGACCCACCAAAUCUGAGAUGCUCAGAUGGAAAGAGAAAAAGAGGGAAUAAAAGAAAAACAAAACAAUAGGAUCAUGCCUUAAAUUCUAAGAAAAUUAUUUCCAACUGAUAAAUAUAUACUCAGCCAAAUCAAGGACAGCUGAGGUUAGGGAGCAACAGCAGGGGACUUUUCAGUUUCAGUUAGACUUUUGAAACCACUUGGUUUUA